AUGCACGAGCGCAAGGACCGCAACUCUUUGCCGUCCCUUCGUCCCCAGUGUUGGCCACCAGAACAUUGGAACAUUGACAUCGCACCAGAUGCCCCCGACGCUACAGCAUCCCGUUGGUGCCAAAUAAAAAAGCGAUGGCCUAGACACAAUCCUUGGACCCGACGGUUGAAACCUCGCAACAUACCCCAGAUGAAAAACAAACCAGGGGAACGGGCCAAUAUCAGGUACGCACAUUCAAUUGCGAGGCUCGCUGCAUGGAAGCUUGAGACGUCCAUUCUUUCUGAUGAUGAGCAGCCCAUCGCCACCCGUGAAAUCUCCUUGUGGGUAGUCCUUAUCGACGGAUCGGAGAUAAGACCAGGGAGCGGCAGUACGACGCGUGCUCCAUCGCGUCUUCGCCCUCACCGCCUUCACUUUAUGAAUGGCGAAAUCUAUGACCGUCGGCAUUGCCCUUAUACCAUCCACCAACACUCCACGAUUGCUUGUGCCUGUGUGAGGUUGUCACGGCCUAUGCCGCCCGAGAGAAUGCGCGUUGCGCCACAAUCCGGCCUUUAA